UGUGACCGGCUCCACAGCGGAGUUUCCACGACAGCUGGAAGCCAAGCGAGCUGCAAAAGGGCGCAUCGCUUCUUCUUCUUGGAAAGGAUCGGGACCAACCAGGCUUCUGCUCGUCUCGGCAACCCCCUCCAGAGACACCCUGGUCUGGCAUGGGCGACAAGAGGAGUCCCACAAGGCCGAAGCGUCAACCGAAGCCCUCCGACGAGGGGUUUUGGGACUGCAGCGUGUGCACGUACAAGAACACAGCGGAGGCUUUUAAGUGCAUGAUGUGUGAUGUCAGGAAAGGGACAUCAACAAGGAAACCACGCCCAGUCUCCCAACUCGUCUCGCAGCAGCAGGCCACUCAGCAGUUUGUGUUACCCCCGCAGCCCAAAAAGGAAAAGAAGGAGCGUCUGGAGAGGGAGAAGAGCGACAAGGAGCCGGCGCUCAAGAGAAACAGUCACAAGAAGAUGAGGCCCAGAUUAAAAAAUAUCGACCGCAGCAGCGCCCAGCACCUGGAGGUGACAGUCGGCGACCUGACGGUCAUCAUCACGGACUUUAAGGAGAAGGCCAAGCCCUCAUCCACGUCGGCGUCCUCGUCCUCCAGCGCCACGUCCGCCGCCGACCACCACAGCCAGAACGGCUCCAGCUCGGAAGCCACGGAGAAGGGGCUGUCUCGUUCGUCCUCGCCUCGCGGAGAAGGCAGCUCGGUCAACGGGGAGUCGCACUGAGUCCACCCCCUGGCCUGGCUCCCACAGAGCCUUGCAUUACAGUGGGAACCAUAAGAACUCGGCAUUACACUUGACACUAUCCAGGCUUCAUCUUGAGAGGAACCCACACAUGAUGCAAAGCUUCCAUAGACAGCUAACAGCCUUUUUACAGGACUGUGAUACGCGCUUAGACGAGCUUUGGACAGUGGGAACAUCUCUCGGGAUGCAACAUAUUAUUUGGGGGACAAUUCCAUAAAGACUGGAGAUAUUGCUCAAGUUCCUUCAGACAAAGGUUUUUGGAUUAAAGCCCACUUGAAGGGAAGGUUUGCUAUAUUAUUGUUUAGGCUAAUACCAGUGUUUUGUGUCUAGCUAAGUGGAUUGAUUAUCUCCAAUAACACUAUUGAUUUAAUUGACGGAAUUGAGAUGAACUCGAAAGUAACUCAGGAUCGAUGCAAACAGAAUUAUGUUUCUGCGUUUUCUGUUUUGAUUUAAGGGGUUUCAGAUGAAACAAGCUCGCUGGUAUUCAUUUGAAUAUUAUUAUACUGCUGCACAAAAUGGCUACUCCUGCACGACAGAAGCCGGGGAUAUCGCUCUAUGGACCCAAUUCCGCAUACGCCGUCACAAAGGACAAAGACAACAAGACUUGCAUUUCUUGUAGCGAGCUAUAGAUGUACUAAACCAAUAAAUUCUAGUCAUGCUAGCUACACACUAUUCACACAGAUAAAUGGAUAUUUACAGCUACCAUGUUUGGAUGUGGUUUUAUAAUCCAUCACAUCAGUGUUAUUCUUUUUUUUUUUUUAAACCCAAUCACUUUUAGCAGAGAUCUGUCACGGCAUGAUAACAUAUGGUAUAAUGUGGGGUGUUAGUAAUAUUUAGAGGUUCACGACACUAGCUGGGCCUAAAGUGUGAGCCUAUGAGAACUGCAUAGAAAUGUGUUAUUUUGGAUGGAAAUCUGUCGAUACAUUCACUUUGCCAUGCUCUAUUGUUUUGAAACGUGUGUUUAUUACAUGUCUAUAUUAGAAAGUAACAAAAUGCAAACUUA